AUGCGGUCACCAACCCAAGCGCGAGCUUACUUUCUGGCUGCUCGUCGCUGUUUCUCGACGACGCGGAUCACCCAGGCUGUGUCUUUGCAACGAGAUUCCCAGGAUGUGAAACAAGCGUUGUCCUAUUGCUCGAAUUUGGUCCGAAAAUACGACGCCCCGUCGUAUACUUUAUCCCAUUUCAUCAAGCCGUACAUGCUCCCUGCAUACUUUGCAAUCCGAGCAUUCAACAUCGAGCUAGCUCGCAUACCCGACAUUGUUUCGAAUCCCACGAUUGGUGCCAUGCGAAUGCAAUUCUGGAGACAAACAAUCGACUCGACUUUCGAUCAGAGGCCGCCCGAAGAGCCUGUUGCGGUCCUGCUGGCGUCUUAUCUGGCUCAAGGCUACAAGCUGAGCAAAACCUGGUUCCAUCGGAUCAUUAACACUCGAGACGGCAAGCUCAGCCAUCCCGGUUUCACCGACAUCAACGAGCUCGAAUCAUAUGCCGAACAUACCUACUCGACCCUGCUGUAUCUGACUUUAUCCGCAUUACCGAUGUAUUCGAUCACCAUGGAUCACUUGGCCUCACACAUUGGCAAGGCGGCAGGUAUUGCAGCUGUUCUCCGUGGUGUUCCGCUCCUUGCCUUUCCGCCUCCACCGAAUUCCCACUCGGCAAAUCCUCCAGGGCUAGGUCUGCCCCCAAGUCGCGAGAGGCAGGGAGUGAUCGCCCUGCCCUUGGAUAUCAUGUCGCAAUGCGGUGUGCGUGAGGAUGAGAUCUUCCGUCAUGGUGGCGAGGCUGAUGGCUUGCGUGAUGCUGUGUUCACAGUGGCUACGCGCGCUUCGGAUCAUCUGAUCACCGCACGGACGAUGGUCAAAAGUGUCCGUAACGAUGAAAGCCCUGAUCACGAAUUCGAGCACCUCGGCGAUGACAGCCAUCAAUACUCUUCGCCAUCAUCCGACAAGCCCAGAGAUGACUUCGGUCAGAGCUACGGCGUGCUUAUGGGUCCAGCAGUCAGCACACAGCUGUGGCUCAAUCGUCUCGAGAAGGUUGACUUUGAUAUCUUCCACAACAGCUUGAGAAGCCCAGACUGGAGACUGCCGUUCAAGGCUUGGUGGCACAGUCGCCAAAUGAGGCUCUAG